GAUCACGUUUUAAUAAUGAUAAUAAACCAGGAUCUAUUUCUGAUGUAUGGACUCUUCUUAGACGAAUUUUUAUGAAACCUGGAUUAGAGGAAUUACGCUCCGAGAAAUUAAAUCACAUAAAUAAGAAAUACGGCUUAUUGAAAAAGAACAAGGCUAUUUGCGAAGUGAUAAACCUUGGAGCGGAUGAAGUUCCUUAA